AUGGCGGCGGCGUUCACGCGCCGGAGGCACGGGGCGGCGGCGCCGGGGGAGUGGGCGGCGGUGUCCGGCGCGGGCGCGUGGCGCGUGGGGGAGGUCGGGAAGCACCAGCUGAUGCGGCGGACGGGGCUCAGCGCGCGAGACCUCCGCGCGCUGGACCCGGCGCUGUCCUACCCGUGCAGCAUCAUGAGCCGGGACCGCGCCGUCGUCGUCAACCUGGAGCGCGCCCGCGCCGUCAUCACGGCCACCGAGGUUCUCGUCCCGGGGCCGCGGGACCCCGCCGUCGCGCCGCUCGUCCGCAACCUCCGCGCGCGCCUGCUGCUCGUCUCCGCCUCGCCCACGCCGCCGCAGGUCUCUGUACGUCCGUCCGCGCCCUGCCCUCCUUGUCUCUUCAUCGUUUCAUCCAUGGACUGCUUGGUGCUUGCUGAAACAAGCUUACGUUUGAUCUUUUUUCUUUUCUUUUCAACCAUGGAAGGAGAGGACGGAGGUGCGCUGCCGCAGAGCCCCGGUGGAGUAGGUGGCGGCGGCGCCAAGGACGGGCAAUCGUCUGCGCGCGACAAGGUCCUGCCGUUCGAGUUCAGGGCGCUCGAGGUGUGCCUCGAGUUCUCAUGCAAGUCACUUGAGCAUGAGACCUGCGCACUGGAGGAGGAGGCGUACCCAGCGUUGGAUGAGCUCAGCUCCAACGUCAGCACUCUCAACCUUGAGCGUGUGAGGCAGAUCAAGAGCCGUCUGCUUGCUAUCUCCGGGAGAGUUCAGAAGGUCAGGGACGAACUAGAACACUUGCUGGACGAUGACGUGGACAUGGCCGCCAUGCACCUGUCCGACAAGCUCGCCUACCAAGCCGCUGAUGGCCGCUCAUCCAGAUUCCACACCAACACCGAGCCGAGCGAAUUCGACGAAGACAGGGACCGAGAAGGCGAGGGGUCAUCCGAGGGCGGCGACGGCAAUGGGACCUCCGUCGUCGGCUUCAUGCCCAAGAUCGACGAGCUGGAGAUCCUCCUGGAGGCCUACUUCGUGCAGGUCGACGGCACCCUGAACAAGGUCUCCGCUCUGCGCGAGUACGUGGACGACACGGAGGACUACAUCAACAUUAUGCUGGACGACAAGCAGAACCAGCUGCUGCAGAUGGGGAUCCUGCUGUCCACGGCCACGCUGGUGAUGAGCUGCGCCAUCGCGAUCACGGGAAUCUUCGGCAUGAACAUCACGAUCCCGCUCUACGACGCCUCUACCGAAGGAGUCUUCUGGCAGGUCACCGGCGGCAUCGUCGGCGCCACCGCCGCCAUCUACCUCGUCGCGCUCGUCUGCUACAAGAGGAGUGGUGUACUGCAGUGAGCCAGUGAUAUGCGUGGGAAGAAUGGUCGAAUGGACCAUCUUUUUUUAUUUUGAUAAUAGAAAUACCAAUAUGGAUGGCGAGAGAGAAAGAGGCACUGAUCAACCUGCUAUAAGCCUAUAAUAAGUCUGUAAUGACGCUUUUAUCUAGUCGCGUCGCAUAAGUUUUUGGGCAGUUUAUAGUCAGAACACUUGCUUUGGGAUAAUAAGUACCAUGGUCGUGAGAUCAACGUUUGUUUGUCA